GGAAGAGAAGAUGGCGUUGAUCCCUAAUUCGCUAAAAUGGAUGAUUCAUGAAUUCCUAAGGCUCAAAGAUAAACGUGAUAUAAUCACAAUUCCUGUCCCCCGAGGAUUCAUUGCACCGCGUACCCAGAUCACGUUAUCUGGAGAGGAUUUGCAGCAGGUUGCUACGUGUGACUACAUCGGCAACCAGGGAAUGCUGUUUGGAAUGAUGCACAUAUGGGAGAGCAUCAACGGUCUGAGAAAAAUUUUCAAGUUUUACGACCCAGAGCUUCUCACAGUGCAUGGGAUCAGCGAUGAAGAACAGAGUCAGUCUUUUGACGAUGCGGCAAGACGAUUGGCUAAUUGGUUAUCAUUAAUGAACAGCAACCACCAAAUGUUCUUUAUUCCUUGGAAUAUCGGGAUGCAUUGGACGCUAGUGGUGGUUGCGCCAAGGAAAAUUAUCCAUUUAAACCCUGUAAAAGGCCGCCCAAUUCCCGAAGAAAUAGAACAAAUGAUCGGAAGGGCAUUCAUGUAUAUAGGGGACGCACAUCAGUAUCUUGGCCCGUGGCAAGGAAUUUCACAAGCAAACUGUCCAAGACAACCUAAAAGCCAAGAAUGCGGUUUUUAUGUUUUGAAAUAUAUCACUGACAUCGUCGCACGUGCCAACCCCAACCGUUACAUAGAAGAUCAAAAAGCUUUUGGGGGUAAGAAGCAAUACGAUCCAAAAACAGAAUUGUUACCACUACAGCGAAAGUGGAUCGAACAAUUGAUGGCGGUGAUUCACGGUGACGAUUGAGGUUCAAAGGUCGAAGAAUUUUUCUUCAUUAUGUAAUUUUUAUAGAUUAACUUGUAAUUAGAUUUAUUAACUUAUUAAUAUUUUUAACUAAUUUUACAUGUUUGUGUAAUAUUUAAUUAUUUUUAUGAAAUCAAAUUAUAUUUUUACCCAAAUUUAAUUACUAUUUAAUUUAAAAUGUAAUUAAUAUAUAAUUAAAUUAAAUAAAUAUGUAAUUUAAAUUAAAUAUAAUAAUAUAUAAAUUAAUAAAUAUAAAAUUAAAAUUAUAUAAUUAAAUUAAAAAAAAUGAAAAAAACUGAAAUCUGCUCACUUUUGGCGUCGGUUCCUACAACCCCUAUGGCGUCGGUU